ACGAAAAUGUUAUUGUUGAACGAAAAAUUAAGUUUAAAGAUUUACAUUAUACUCUUUAAUUUAUAUAGUAAAAGCAUACAGUUAGAUUAUAAAUGGCCGGAAAGCAAUAUACAAUUGACUCCUUGUCAUUCAACAUACACAAUAACUUCAGGCAAUUAUAUAUUGAAUUAUGAUUCUAAAGUCACUGGAAAUUAUCAAAAUGACUGCACUUUUUUAAUAGAAAGUCCACCAGGAACAAAAAUGCAACUAAAUGCAACUAUUUCAAUAUUAAAAAUACAAGAUAAUAAAGAAUGUACAGACUGGUUAAAAUUUUACGAUUUUUAUAGUAAUACAACAUUUGUUCCUUUAGGAGAGUACUGUGAAUCAACAAAUCUCACUAACUUACUAACUUUUUCAAACAUUAUGUACUUGGUAAUUAAUAUUUCGCCAGAUGAUAUGUUUCAAUUAAAUAUCACCACAUAAAUGUUAAAGAUUAAUUAAAGUAAUGAAAUCAAAAUAAUUAUAUUUUUUAAG